AUGUGGAGUCUGAAUGGGACAUUGGUGAAUGAGUUCAUUCUCCUAGGCUUCACCAGCCACCCUACGUUGCAGCGUCUUCUGUUGGCAAUGAGCCUAGCCAUUUCUCUGGUCACGAUCAUUGGAAACAGCCUGAUUGUCUUCUUGAUCUGGGUCGAGCCUGGCCUCCACACAGGCAUGUAUUUUUUUAUUGGGAACCUCUCUUUGCUGGACAUAUUCUUCACCCUGAUCACCAUCCCUCAAAUGCUUGCCCACUUGGCCUCUGGCACAAAGUCCAUCUCUUUCAACCGAUGCAUGGCCCAACUCAACCUGACUCUGUCCUGCGGAAUGACUGAAUGCUUCAUCCUGGCUUGUAUGGCAUACGACCGCUAUGUGGCCAUCUGCCAACCUUUGCAUUACCCCACCCUCAUGAGAAUGCAGAUAUGCAUGAAGAUAGCAGGUGCCUGCUGGGCUGGAGGAUUCCUCAAUGCUGCAGCACUGACCACUGUCACCACCAGCUUCCCUUUCUGUGGACCCAACCAGAUCAACCAUUUCUUUUGUGAGGAGCCAGCAGUGUUGCCACUGGCCUGCAUGGACACCUACAGUGUGGAGAUUCUCAUAUUUGCACUGAAUGUGGUUGUUCUCAUGCUGCCUUUUACCUUCAUAGUGAUCUCAUAUAUCCAUAUUUCCAGAGUGGUACUCAGAAUGUGCUCAGGUGAGGGACGCCAACGAGCAUUUUCUACCUGUGCUACACAUCUCAUUGUUGUCACAUUGUUCUAUAGCACCAUCGGCUUUACAUACUUGCAGCCCCGGUCUAACCGUUCUGCAGAUCAAGAGAAGAGGGCCUCAGUCUUUUAUGCUUUGGUCUCCCCUAUGCUGAACCCCAUCAUCUAUAGCUUGAGGAACAAAGAUGUCAAAGGAGCUUUGGCCAAAGUGUUGAGGAAAUUCAGAUAA